UUCUCCUCUUGUUCUGUCCUUUGCUUCAGAUUAGAGUGGUUUUACAAGUGCAUGUUUCCUUCAACAGACACUGGAAAAUCUCUCUUUUCUCCGUAUUUGCGUUAGUUCUUCUCUUGCUCUCUCUCUGUGUAUUUUCUUUCAAAGAUAAGGGGAUUAAAAGUUUCAGUUUUGGUUCCAGCCGGUACCUCAAAUUACCGGCGAAACGAGCGGAAUUCACCGGAACAAGACGGUACAGCGGGUUUGCACUUUCCAUAACAUGAAAGCUCACAAACUUAUGGCGCCUCAAAUCCUCAAACAACAGAAACUCAAACAACAGUCUCUGCCGUCUGCUUUUUUCUCUUCAACCUCUCAACCAAUCACCAACGACCAAUCACAAUCUCCAUCGUCAGAAAUAACCCCUGAGCUACUUGUCGAGGCAGCCCGCUCUUCUCAGUGGCAUUUCAUCAAACACCACUCACCUAACCUCGACCCAUCUAUUAUAUCAACCGUCCUCUUUAAUCUCCACAAAACCCCUCAAUUAGCUCUCCAAUUUACUUCCCAUGUUGAAUUCCACCGACUCGAUCUCAAAAUCCGUUACCUUGCCAUUGCCGUUGUCUCACGGCUCCCAUCUCCCAAUCCCACUCUACGACUCUUAAAGCAAACUAUUUCUAGUGACAUUGCCGGUGUUUCCGCCAUCUUCAAUGACCUGGCACUUGCGCGUGAACGGUUAGGCAUUUCAACAACUAUUCUUUUUGAUUUGUUAAUAAAAGCUUGUUGUGAAAUGAAGAGGGUGGAUGAAGGAUUAGAGUGUUUUUAUAUGAUGAAAGAGAAGGGUUUAAUUCCAAAGAUCGAGACUUGUAAUGUUAUUUUAAGUACGCUUUUGAAGUUGAAUAAAACCGAAAGUGCUUGGGUUUUCUACGCUGAGAUGUUUAAAAUGAGGAUUAAGUCGAGUAUUUACACGUUUAAUAUAAUGAUAAAUGUGUUGUGCAAGGAAGGAAAGCUUAAAAAGGCUAAAGAUUUUGUAGGGUUCAUGGAGAAUUUAGGGGUUAAUCCGAAUGUUGUUACUUAUAACACAAUAAUCCAUGCUUAUUGUUCAAGAGGAAGAGUUGAUGGAGCUUGUUUGGUUUUGAAUGCAAUGAGAAGUAAAGGUAUUCAACCAGAUUCUUACACGUAUGGUUCACUCAUUAGUGGGAUGUGUAGGGAUAAAAGACUUAAGGAGGCUUCUGAUACGUUUGGGAAGAUGAAAGAAAUGGGGUUGAUUCCUAGUGCUGUGACUUAUAACAUCGUAAUUGAUGGUUACUGCAAUGGAGGGGAUCUGGAAAAGGCAUUUGGUUAUCGGGAUGAAAUGGUAGCGCUGGGUAUAUUGCCAACUGUCACAACGUACAACAUGUUAAUUCAUGCUCUAUUUAUGGAAUGUAGAAUGGGCGAGGCCGAUGAUCUAGUUAGAGAAAUGGGAGAAAAGGGGUUGGUCCCUGAUCAGAUUACCUAUAGCAUCUUGAUUAAUGGAUACUCCAGGUGCGGGAAUCUGAAGAAAGCUUUCGGUUUUCAUGAUGAGAUGUUAGCCAAGGGGAUUCAACCUACACGGAUGACUUAUACUUCACUUAUCUAUGUUUUGGGUAAACGGAAUAGAAUGACGGAAGCCGAUAACCUGUUUGAAAAGAUAUUGAAGAAGGGAGUCGCGAUAGAUGUGAUAAUGUUUAAUGCAUUGAUUGAUGGUCACUGUUCCAAUGGCAAUAUGGAGCGUGCAUUUUCAUUGUUUAAGGAAAUGGAUAAAUUGAAUGUUCCUCCGGACGACGUGACUUACAAUACUUUGAUGCAAGGUCGUUGUAGGGAGGGGAGAGUUGAAGAAGCUCGAGAGCUUCUCGAUGAGAUGAAACGAAGGGGAAUCAAACCGGAUCAUGUUAGUUACAACACACUGAUUAGUGGGUAUAGCAGGAGAGGUGAUAUGAAGGAUGCAUUGAGGGUUCGUGAUGAGAUGAUGAGUACAGGUUUCAAUCCCACCCUUCUUACUUAUAACGCCCUUAUACAGGGUUUUUGCAAAAACCAGGAAGGGGAUAUUGCUGAAGAUCUCCUAAGGGAGAUGAUUAGUAAAGGAAUUACCCCUGAUGACACCACUUACUUGUCUUUAAUCGAGGGGAUGGGCAAUAUUGAUCAAUCUCUUCAAAAUAGCAACUCUUGUUGAUUACAAAAGUCUGCAGGAUUGGUCAUACCCUAUUUGCAGGAUUGGUCAUACCCUAUUUGCAGGAUUGAUUCAAAUGCAAAAGAAUCAUGGCUUUGCCUUUCAUGCUACUUCAUCUGGAUUCAAAACUUCUUUUUCAUCUUAGUACACACACAUCUGCUGGUUGUUUGGUUUAUUUCAUGUGAAGCAAAAUAUAUUUGCCAUGGGAAAAAUAAUGUAAUCGCAGUAGCAGGCUAGGUGAAUCCCUUGGGAAAGAUUUUGAAGCCACAAUC